CUUGUAUGCCGUCCCUCAUCCCAACCGUCAAGUUCUCUUCCCUCCAAUGAUUAUUGCGGAUUUGAUGGUUUGUAGUCCGCUCUGCCAAGACAAAGUACCGUAUCACGUGCACCUCUCACCUUUCCCGCCUCAAGCCAACCCGAGCUCCUCCACGCUUAUCACCCCGACGCAGCUCCCACUUCCAGUCGCCACAUAUCAGUGCCUCCCGCAAUCCCAAACUCAUAAGAUCCUUUUCCCCGCUAUCCACGACAUCGAAGCGCUCCGCGAGCUAGAGAGUCUGCUACCAUGGCUGACGCCGCAGUCGAAAGCCCAAACAACACCGUUCCGCCGCACAAGAAGCAGCUCCCCUCAUCAAUACCGAACUUUGAUACACUAGAGGGCUUCACCACCGAUGGCGACGAUGACUACUCUACCUUCAAAAAGCUUCAGCGGCAGUUAGAGUACAUCCACUUGCAGGAAGAGUACAUCAAGGAUGAGCAGCGGAGUUUGAAGAGAGAGCUCGUAAGAGCACAGGAGGAGAUCAAGCGCAUUCAAAGUGUGCCACUUGUGAUAGGGCAAUUCAUGGAAGCCAUCGACCAGAAUACAGGCAUCGUCCAAUCGUCCACCGGCUCCAACUAUGUGGUCCGCAUCCUCUCUACCCUCGACCGCGAACUCCUCAAGCCCUCCUCCUCCGUCGCCCUCCACCGCCACUCCAACGCCCUCGUCGACAUCCUUCCCCCAGAAGCCGACUCCUCCAUCGCCAUGCUCGGCGCCGACGAAAAGCCGGACGUCACCUACGCCGACGUGGGAGGUCUCGACAUGCAGAAGCAGGAAAUCCGCGAGGCCGUCGAACUCCCUCUCACACACUUCGACCUGUACAAGCAAAUCGGCAUCGACCCCCCGCGCGGCGUGCUGCUGUACGGACCCCCCGGAACAGGCAAAACGAUGCUGGUCAAGGCGGUCGCGAAUAGUACCACGGCCUCCUUCAUCCGCGUCGUAGGCUCCGAGUUCGUGCAGAAGUAUCUCGGCGAGGGCCCCCGCAUGGUGCGCGACGUAUUCCGCAUGGCGCGCGAGAACUCCCCCUCCAUCAUCUUCAUCGACGAAAUCGACGCCAUUGCUACGAAGCGUUUCGACGCCCAGACGGGUGCAGAUCGCGAAGUCCAACGUAUCCUGCUCGAGUUGCUAAAUCAGAUGGACGGCUUCGACCAGACGUCCAACGUCAAGGUCAUCAUGGCGACGAACCGUGCCGAUACCUUGGACCCCGCGCUCCUGCGCCCGGGUCGCCUGGACCGCAAGAUCGAGUUCCCCUCGCUUCGCGACCGGCGCGAGCGGCGUCUCAUUUUCAGCACGAUUGCGAGCAAGAUGAGCCUGUCGCCCGAGGUGGAUCUGGAUAGUUUGAUCGUGAGGAACGAUCCGUUGAGCGGGGCCGUGAUUGCGGCCAUUAUGCAGGAGGCCGGGUUGAGGGCGGUGCGGAAGAAUCGGUACAACAUCAUUCAGAGCGAUCUUGAGGAGGCGUAUACGAGUCAGGUCAAGGGGGCGACGGAGGCGGAUAAGUUUGAUUUUUACAAGUAGUGGGGUGGAGUGGAGAGGAGAAGGGAGUGUGUAUUAUAUUAUAUACAGGCAUUUGCGAGGACCCGCAUGGGCAGCAUAGCGGUGGUGAUGGCGUAGGCAUGCACGCGUAAU